CAAGGUCUCACUUGAAACAACUUUAGAAUAAUUCAGAAUACAGCUUGUCUGCAAACAUUUCCCAGCUUCACCAUGACAAAUUGUUGGUUAGACCUUUAGUUUUUAAGUCCAAGCCUCAACUUUUCCACAUUCAGAAAUUAAGCUGUUUAAUUUGCUCAUGUGAUGAAAUGAGUUGUAUUUCACUCAUUCCAGAAGAAAGAGUUCUUGUUGUUACUUUUUACUUUCAACCCAGCUAGCUCUUAUUGUCCUUAUUGUUUAAAGCUGGUAGUUGUAUUCAUUGACUUGGUGUUUGCUUUUUCUGCUUGCUAUAAAAAAACACAGUCCCACUGCCAAACAUUUCUUUCAGCUUCAAACACUCCAGAGUGAAAAUUCGAACCUCAGGAAACAGGCCACAACCAAUAUAUAUCAGGUGCAAACUGGUUCAGAGUACACAGACACUUCCAACCACUCUUCCUUAAAGCGACGUCCGUCUGCCCGGGGCAGUAGGCCCAUGUCCAUGUACGAGACGGGAUCAGGGCAGAAACCAUAUCUCCCAAUGGGAGAAGCAAGCGGCCCCGAAGAGAGCAGGACGAGACUUCAGCCCUUCCCCGCACACAUUGGGAGGAACGCGCUUGUGACCUCCUCUUCAUCUCUGCCCUCCUUCCCCUCCACACUUUCCUGGUCGAGGGAUGAAAGCAUCCGAGGGGCAUCCAGGCUGGAGAAGCAGAACAGCACACCUGAGAGUGACUACGACAACACUCCCAACGACAUGGAGCCAGAGGACGCAGGGUCAAGCCGAAAGGGAAGGCAAAGAAGUAUGAUUUGGCCAGGUGAUGGCUCAGUACCGGACACAGCAGAACCUCAUGUGGCCCCAAGCCCCACCCUCCCCAGCACUGAAGAUGUCAUCCGGAAGACUGAACAGAUUACCAAAAACAUACAGGAGCUCUUAAGAGCCGCCCAAGAAAACAAACAUGACAG